GUCGGUUUCUGACUUCAUCAUCAGUUGACCAAAAUCAACCAUCUCAUCAAAAUGAAGACCUUCACCGCCGUCCUUGCUUUGGCUGGAGUUGCCCUGGCUGACAACGCCCCCUACCGUCCCGCCUACCAACCCAGCUACAAGCAACCCGCUUAUGAUGAGCCUGCCGAAUACCAAUACGCCUAUGCCGUUAAAGACGAAUACAAAGGUGUUGAUUUCGGAGCCAACGAGGACCGCAAGGGCUACAACACCAACGGAGCCUACAAUGUCCUUCUCCCUGACGGUCGCACGCAGACCGUGACUUAUACUGUCAAUGAAUACGACGGGUACGUGGCUGAUGUCCAAUACGAGGGCGAGGCCCGUUAUGAAGAACCCAAGUACCAACCCAAGUACGAGCCCAAGUACCAGCCUUACCAACCCCGUUACGAGCCCAAGUACGAGGCUUAAGUAAUUUAUUUGAAUUAUUUAUUAUUGAAAUAAAAGACGGACAAAAGCCUUUAAAA